AUGCCUUCAAACUACGAGAAACUCUCCCGCCCUAGUGGCCCCAGCAUCGACACCCUCGCCCUCCCUGAAAAGGCCGCCUUCUCGACAAAUACCACCGUCUGCCCCGACGACACUCCCAUACCGCGCUCCGACCGGAGCACCAACCCCUUCGACACCGACAUCGAGGCCAUGGUCCCUACCCACACGACCGACUCGUCCUGCAUCCAGCACAAGACAUCUGCCAGUCCCCUCGCUAGGAAGAGCGACUGCCAGGUCUGGCCCGGCAAGGACCACUGGAAGCAAAAGGCCAAGGCAAACAAGGCAAAGAACCGCUGCACCUGCAUGGCCAACCUCAGCCGCCGGAACCGCAUCAUCGUCAAGGUCCUCCUGGUGUUUCUCGUCGUGGGCAUCGCCGUCGGCGUCGGCUUUGGCGUCAGCAAGCCCUUGAACGCCCCCAUCUGGGGAGACAGGGACAACAAGCACUAA